AAAACUCGGUGCCUGCAAGCAUGUUAAAGUUAACUCGUGUAAAUCAGUUGCGUGCAUCGUACAUUCGAUUUGUGGCCCAGGCAACGUCUGCUACAAGUAAUGAAUACUCAUGCCAACCGGAGUAUCCACCAAUUCGGGACCUGACACACAAGGCGCUAAAGCGCAGAGAAGCUAAUGAUUGGCAUGAAGAAAUUCGUAAAGUGCCGACAGUAGAAGAAAAAAUUAUCAAAGUAAAUAUGCCUCGUUAUUAUGGAUACAAAGUUGUCGACUUCAACGACAACAAAAUUCCAUACAACGCAUUACCGGUCACGCAACAUUACACGCGCACAGUACUAAAAGAGUUGCCGCUAUUAUCUGCUGAUGAAACCGAGACGUCGGAAUUUAGCUCAGUUGCUUUUCUAAAGACGGCCCGCGAUGAUAUUAUUGACGCUCUGGAACUGGCACAUGACUUCUACAACCACCAAGCGACGCUGCCCGACGUUGCGCCUUCUGAUUCUGUUAACCGCGAACGACAGCUGACUCAAAUUAUUGUAGAGCAGCUAAACAGAGCUUUACUGCAGAUACUCAGCGCAGACUAUCCGCAUCUAAAUGAUGUCGAGGUGGACUACAAUCCACGCCACGAGGCCUUUUGGGCAGUUGGCGGCGUGGAUCCUCCAAAAAAUGUGGUAAAGUCAAAAAAAGGUCGGGACUGGCAAAAAGAUGAUGCUAGUGAAAGCGUCGACCGAUUAGUCCAAUACACUGGGGCUCCUUACUUGUCGCUCCGUCAUCGUCAGCAGCUGUGUCCGUGGAUGACAGACGGGGAAAGUAAAAUUAUGGACCCACACGCCCGACACCUACCACGCUUCAACCAUGAUGCCCGAACUUUGGGCUACAGAACCUCGUACCAGCAUGCAGUCAAUGUCCCCGGCUAUUGGCCCAGUGCUAACGGGGCAAAUUUUGGAUUACUCUCUUUUCAAUCGAGAGCAUCCCUCCAGAUGCGUCAUAAGGCAUAUGGGGAUCGCGACCUACAAGAAGCACUUCAUGCACUGGCUAUUAAAUCUUCAUACGCAUGGCUAUUAGCGCAAGCUAAUUACAACGGCUUCAAUACCUAUAACGACCUCACUUACCCUAUGAACACCCAAACUGUGAUCACAAAUGGUCGAGAAUGGAGUUUCUACGAGUACCAGUUAAACACGCUGCUUCUGCACAGCAACCAAGUGAACGAAAAUCCCCGAGUGAACUUCUGUCGAGGUACACCGCCUCUUCCUCUUUACGCUGAGAUAUCAGAAAAAGGAAAGUGUGUGGACUUUAAUGAUGCUACACUGAAGCAGCUGCUCAGAGUGUAUAUGAACGUCCCCAAGGUCGAGCGUAUAGGCAACGAGCUCCACCCGUAUGUGACUGCUCGCACCUCUGACUAUGAAAAUAAACAUCAGCGCGAUUUUAUUGAUAAAACUUUCAAAUACUUGUGUUCAAAGCGACCCCGUCACCUUGAGCUGCCCGAGAUCUACUUGUGGGAAAAGUUAUACAAGAUCGACCAUAAGACUCGAGCCAUGGAGGCGAAACGACGAUUCUUUGAGCUGGAAUUAAACCCUUGGCGUCGAACGCUUGAAAAACACGACAAAGAAUACUUGCCGAGGGCGGUGCGACCGGGUGGCCGUAAGAAUCGUGAAGACCGCUUUAAGAAAACAUUCUACCCCUAAGUGGUACUAGAAAAUUGUUUACCUCUUUUAAUAAAAAAUAAAAUGGUUCUUGUUACACCAGCCACGGAAA